AUCAAAGCGAAAGUAACCAAAGCAAUCAAAAUCAUCAUAAAUAUAUUCAAGGCAACUAUGAAAGCAAUUAUAAUUAUGAAAAUGACCAAAGUUGCCAAUUCGAUUAUGAAAGUGAUCAAAGUAACCAAGAAUUAACAUUAUCUAAUAAGAAUAAAAAAUUAAAGAUUGUAAUGAAAUCCAAACCUGCUUUCAAAAAUUCUUGGCUUAAUGAGUUUAAAUGGCUUCAAUUUGACAAAAUCUCUCAAUGGAUAUUUUGUAAAUAUUGUAAAUAUUACAAUAAAUCAAACACUUUUGGAAGUACAGGAUCUGUAAAUUUUGGUCAAAAAAUUAAUAAAGAAUUGGAACAACUUACAGAACAAAAUAAAAAUCAUAUAAUUAGAAUUGCAAAAAUUGUAUAUACUCUUGUACAAGAUAUACCACUAGCUAAACUUCUAUAUAUGGUUCAAUUAUCUUAUGAAUUAGAGUCUUUAUUUAUUGUAGAUGGUGCUAUUACUUAUGAAAAUAAAAUAUCUGGUCAUGAAUUCGCAUUUGCUAUAUCUAAU